AUGGUAGACGCGGGGAUGGUAAAUGGAGAAACAACUCCUUCCAGCGAUAAACAACAGUCGCAAGAAUCAGCAAAGGCAGCAGCGAACGUCGACUUACUCAAGCCCAAAAAGUACAAGACUUCGGAUUUACCUCUUACUCAAGAUCAACAGAAUGCGAUCCAAAGCCUGCUUGUCGCUUUCAAGAAGAAAGGAGGUUUUGAUAACUACCGGAAGAAGAUCUGGGCAGAUUUUGAUAAUUCGGAAUUCAAGCACAAAUUUACAAAUGCUCUACAAGAACUCGCGGAAAAGGAGAUCGAACGAGAACCCGCUCAUCUGUCGCGCGACAGGGGCAAAGCAGCGACACUGAUCGAGGGAGCUGUCGAUCGUAGCGACAUUUACAAGAAUACCGAGAAGGAUUUAGAGAGCUUCCUGGCCCAGCAUCUCGAGACUAUGUUAACAUCCAUACGAGAGAUAAGACGAAAAGAUGUCGGCGAGGAAAUUGCUCUCAAAGAGGAAAUUGCAGGCAACAAAACAGAAGAAGACUACGAUCGCUGGCGCGAGGAAAGAAGGGCGGCGCGUGAAAAGAUUCACCAAGCAGAACUUGCUGAACGAGCACGUAUAGAAGCAGAGAGAGAGAAAGCUAGGCAAGAAGAAGCUCGGAAGCGACGGGAGAUUGAACGAAAGCGGGAGGAGGAGCAGAGAGAACGUGAAGAAAAGAGGCGCGCUGAACAACGUGCUCUCGACGAACAGAGAGAAAAGGAGAGACAAGAACGUUAUGAACGCAGAAGACGGGAGGAUUCUCGUGAGAGAUACCGAAGCUAUAAUCUUCCCCGUGGCUAUGAUCGCUAUGAAGGUACUAGCAUGUCUUCCUCUCGGUAUAGGGAUCAUGAUCGACGAACAGGAUCCCGGACUGGCACACCCAAAGCUGCUACUCCUCCACCAGCUCCUCCAGUUGAUGAUAAAACAUUGGAGGAGGCGGCUCUGCAAUUACUCUUGAAAGAGGGUGAAGAACUAGCUGCAAAAGCAAAGCAGAAGCCAGAGUUUGAUUUUGAAGAAGCCGAAGCCAUCGAAAGCGGGCGCAAGCCUGUUGCACGCCCAAAGUCCACUGCCGAGCCUCGCUUCGCAGCUUCAGGGACCCGGGAUUCAUCUCGUGACAGAAGACGAAGGAGUCGCACCCGGUCGCGCACAAGGAGAUCCUCUCGCUAUGAAAACGAAGGCAGAAACAGGUCGAGAGAGGGGUCUACUAGACUACGGGAUCGUGAGGACGACAGAUAUUCUGUUCGUAGUCAUAGAGACGAACGAAGGGAUAGGACGGCUAGGCAAAGCCGUAGUCGUUCCAAAGCUCGCAAUGAUCGGGAGCGUGAUAGAGAUGAGCGGGGUCAUAGGUCGAGCAGACGCAGUCGCACUAGGUCGAGAACCCGCGAUAGAGACCGUGACAGGGUCGAUAGUCGAGAAAGACGCGAACGAGACCGAGAUCAAGAUCGGGAUCGUGACAGAGCUAAUCGGGAUCGCGAAAGAGACCGUGAUAGGGACAGAGACCGUGAUAGGGGCCGUGACAACUUCCUUGACCGUGGGUAUGAUCGAUACACUGGUCGUGAUAUGGACCGGAGCCGCGAAAGAGAGCAGGCUCGGAAACGAUCCACAGAGAGAGAAAGAGAUCGCAGCAGGGAUAAAGAUAAAGGUCGUGACAGACCACGAUCAAGAUCCCGCUGCCGGCGCUCUCCUUCCCGUGCAGACCGUUCUCUGACACGACAUCGUCGGGACCGGUCAGGCUCUCGCACUUCUACUCGGCGGCGGUCUACAUCUCGACGAAAAUCACGCUCUCCAAGUCAAUUAGACAUUGAUCGGUAUGUUCCGGUUACCAGUAACCGCAGUCGGUCUCCUCGUCGUCGGGUGCGCUCCCCUGAACGAGAUAGAGACAGACCACGUGAUCAGGACUGGAACAGAGAGCCUCGUGGUGACAGGUACAUUCCUGGAAUCACCACUGACCGAGAAUCUGAACCGGAGAAAUCAGGGAAUAGGGACCGUGACCUCAACAAAGAUGUUGACAAAACUCGUGAUAAGGACCGUGACCGUGACAGGUAUACUGAUAAAGAGCGAGCAAGAGAUGGGGAGAGGGAGCGCGACCGACAUCGAGCCCGUGAUAUUGAUGACAGGGACGAUCGGCUUAGAGAUCGGCAACGGGAUCGGGCCAAGAACGUGACCGAGAUCGCGACAGAGAUCGGGAGCGGGAUCGGGAUCGAGAAAGGGAAAGGGAAAGGGACAGAGAGAGAGACAGAGAGAGGGAUAGGGACAGAGAUAGGGACAGGGACAGGGACAGGGACAGAGACAGGGACAGGGACAGGGACAGAGACAGGGACAGGAACAGGGACAGGGACAGUGACAGGGACAGGGACAGGGACAGGGACAGGGACAGAGACAGAGACAGAGACAGAGACAGAGACAGAGACAGAGACAGAGACAGAGAACGAGAUCGGAGCAGGGACAGAAGAGACCGUGAUCGAAGGGACCGCGAUGACAGGCGAAGCAGCUAUCGAAGAAGCCGCAGUCGAUAAUGGUGAUUUCCUUCAAGGCCCGGGAGACAAAAGUCUGUUGUCCAUAUCCACGUAUAGUCUCUUAUUGUACCAAGCAGACUAUGGGCGCAUGUACAACAACGUUUAA